AAUUCUCACAUUCAAAUGUUUCUCGCAGUGCUGAUUACAUUUUAAAACUCGAUACAACACCAUUAGAAAAUUUAAAAAUAGUUUUACUUAAUCCAAAUGUUUUCGUUUGCUCUUACAUUUUUUUAUAGAUGGAUAGCCGUCUUACAGCCUUGGCAAAAAAGCUAAAGUCUUACAUAGUUGAUCCAACACUGGUUUCUGAACAAUUUUGGAAUGAAACGUAUGGUAAAAAACACGACCCAGCAAAAGAAGGUGUAAAGGAAGAUAACAUUGAAGAUCUUCAAUUUUUAGCUCGACAAACAAACGAUACAACAUGGAUGUCUCUUGCUGAUCGCUGGAAAAAAGCACCUUUAGAUCUUAAAUGGCUAUGCAUAUGUACAAAAGAUAAAGUUUGGUUAGCUUAUAAGUCUUUGUACCUACAAGCCCCUCUGGAUCUACGAUACAUUAGUGUCCUCACACAUGAUCCCCGCUGGUUACAUAAUUGUCGCACCUGGUGCAUGACGUGUAUGGAACAACGUCUCUUAGGAAUUGCUCGCCGUGAUCCUGCUGUAGCUCGGCCUAAUGAAUCAGCGAUGGCUUUUGAUUCCAUGAUUGAUCGUUUAGAAAAAAAACUUAGUGUAGAUGAAGAUUUCACGACUUUGUUUCAGCGUCACACUGAAACUCUUCCAUAUGAUAUUAGUUCCGUGUACCCACCCAAAGAUCAGGCUAUAAAUUUGAAAUUUAAAAUGAAAAUUAAUAGUAUUAACAACGAACUCCCACCCUACAAACAUGCUGAACAAAAGGACAAAGAUGAAUCACAUACACAGUCUAUGAAAAAUGACUCUCCCCCUAAACCUACGAUUAAAAUGUUAAAUAAGUCGUUACAAAUUUCGUCUAAAGAAGGUACUUUCUUUUCUUUAUCUCCGUUGAUUCAGUCUAGUUCCAUGUUUAUGAUGCUGUCUGAACUAAUACGUUUCUUAGCAUUGAAAAACAAUUUGAUAAAAGAUAACAUGUCGCAACCUCAACUUUUUUCGACUAAGACCGACAUUGAAAAUAAAAAAACAAUGAAAGAAGGAAACAAAACCGUUUCACUUUCAAAACGUUUGGAUUCCAAAAAAAAAACAUUAACGAUCAAAACAGACAAUCAUUUGAAGAAACAAAACAACACGGUAGAAAAAUUUGAGGAGGAAAGAAAGCAUGAACGUAAGAAAUCUGUAUCGAAAUUACUCUCACGUUUACAUCCCUUGGAAGAGUUGAAGGACAACCGCAUAUCAAGUGCAACCAGUUCCAGAGAUAUACCAGUUGCUAAAACAUUAAAUUCUCUGAUCAAAAAGCUUUCUAAGACAAUUGAAUCCAUGUCUUCAAGCGACUCCAUUUCAUCAAGCAGUGUUUCUUCGCAGUUGCUUUCCAAUCAGCUUUCUUCCAAUUUUAAAGCAACAUGUUCUGAUUCCGACACAAGUCUACGGUCGUCACGCACAAAUCUUUCUUCAAAAAAUCGUAAAAACCUGGUUCAGAAUGUGCUCGAGAGACUAAACUCACAAGAAUCGAAUGAUUCCAGAGAACAUUCUGUCAACUCUGACAGUAUAGCACUUUUCAGUACCCCAAAAAAACAUUUGAACAAAAUACAAAGCAUUAAAAAACAAAGUGAAUCGAGUGCAGUCAAAAAGGCAACGCCCGCGUCUAUUUUAAAGAGUGAAAAAACAAACACACCUAUGGUUUUCAGACUAGAAACAAAACACGUAACACAACCGAAAAUGUCUACUUUACCAUCGUUAAAAAAAAUUAAACAAUCAAAAAGUAUCACUUUUGAAGAAGGAUUACGCGAAUCCCCUAUGCAAGUUGACAUUUCACAAGAAAAUGAUCAUAAAAAAAACAGUACGAAUGAAAUGGAAAACGAAAAGCUUCAAAAAUCUGUUGAUUUCAAAUCUGUUCAACCGCCUCUUAAAACUAUCAAAAAGAAGGAUUCGAGCGCUUUCGGAAAAACGACGGACGUACCAAAGUUCAAAGCCAAAAUUUUGCCACUAAGUAAAGUUCCCCAACUUCCGAGCUCUUUAGAAGAUUCUCAAACAAAUACAUUAUUGGAGGAAACGCAUUCCAUACUAAAUGAAACAAAAGUAGCGCCACCUCGUUUAUUACUUAAAAAAGAAGCACACAAAAAAAUAGCCCCCAAACCUCCACCCAAAUUAGCUUAAGAUAGUAAUGAUAUUUUUAACUAGGUAUUCCUUAAAAAAAUAGUUUAGAACUAAGUUUUUGCAUUUCUUUAUAAAAAAAUAAACUAAGAGACACAGUCAAACAUUUAAAAUGACGGGAUUA